UGCGUACUGCUGCCAAUUAAGUGGCCAGUUCCUUUUUCUGUGUAUAUAUAUGUGCGUCGGAUACCGGCAGUCGUCUCGGUGCUCCUGCCCACUUCCGGGCCGGUAUCCCGUAAUUAAGCACCAUCCUCGCCAGCGGCAUAAACACAGCUAAUUGCCGGCUGUACGGUGAUCUCAUUCUGCUCGAUAUGCGUUUAGUCGUGCGUGCCGGUUUAUUGCGGAAGAUGCACGUUAAUGCUUAUACAUAAAUGCGGCGGGAUCAGUGUUUACAGCCGUCAGAAAAAACUGGCGCGGUGACUGCUGUAUCCACUGGUGCUUUUAUCUCUAUCUUCCUCCUCCAAUAGACUGAGCAUUGACGCUAUAAUUACUAUUCGAUACUGGCACUUUGAUAUCGCAGAUAUUUCAGUGGAUAUCCGAUAUUAUUUAUCCGAUAUUUUAAGUUUGAUAUAUUUUGAUAUCCGAUAUCUUUUAUCCGAUAUUCUAUUUUAAAUAUAUUUUGAUGUCCGAUAUUAUCUCAUCCGAUAUUUUAAUUUGGAUAUUUUUUUAUAUCUGGUAUCAGUUGCAAGAAUAAUCAAUGAUGUUGAUAUAAGUUGGAUCAGUUAUUGGGUUAUACAAAUUAACAUUGGUUAAACGCUUAAUCACAUUCACGCAGUACAUUACUUUAGCACAUAAUACACUUCAUCCGGCCUCUUACCGAUACAAAACGUUUCCUGAACGCAUGCAACCUUACCUCGCAUUAAAGCAAUACUGAUUCUCUGCUUCAGGAACUGAGUGGACCGUUUUUUCUGUGUUAAUAUACUACUAUUUUAUAAGCGCCAGAGUACGAAGCGUUUAUAGAUCGAAUUUCCCUUUUAAAACGCUGACGGCAUCGGGCAAUUAUGCAUAAGAUGCACCACCUCUACAAUAUCUCCGUCCACCUGAACCACUCGUCCCGUUUCGCGUCCACCCCGUACGAGCUGAUCCUCACCGGCUUCCUCGGCUUCUCCAUCAUCGCCACCGUCCUCCUCAACGGCCUCAUCAUCGCCGUAUACCUGCAGAACCCCCUUCUCCGCAACAGCUUCAAAACCUACAUCGUUAAUUUAUCCAUCGCCGAGGUUCUGUUAGCCCUCACCGGGAUGACCGGGAACUUCAUCAGCGCGGUGUUCGGCUACUGGCCCCUGCCGGACGCCGUGUGCACCUUCGUCCUGUACGGCAGCCGCAUCUUCGGCAGCGGCAUCCGCUACGGUCACGUGAUAAUCACCCUGAACCGGUUGUGGGCGGUGAUGUACCCGCUACACUAUAAACGCCACCAUACGCUGAUGGUGGCGAACGCCAGUAUUGUGGUCAGUUGGGUGCUGGCCCACGCCGUGCACCUGCCGGUGAUUAUUCCCGGACGGAUGUGGUUGCUGGAGGGGGAGGAGCGGUGUGUCCUGAAUGUGGGGUUCCAGAAACGGGCGGCCAUUGCCGUGGAGGUCAUGGGGUUCACGGCGGCCGAAGGGGUGAUUAUUUGUCUGUGUCCGGUGGUGUGGUAUAAGGUCCGGCAGUGGCGGAUUAAUCAGGAGCGCCAGCAGAAGCAGAUGCCGUUGAAUGCGGCACGCCCGCAGGAAAUAUCCAAGUCCAAAGACGACAACGAAUCGAUCAUCGAUCAGGACAGCCGGAUGACCGCCAACGGCCCCACGGACACCCUCGUCUCCCUAUCCCCCAAACGGUCCGCCCCGGCGGGCAACCACAUGAUCCUCACUACCACCGCCAUCCGCAAACCCUCCCCCGACGACAUGGCCAAACUGCGCCUGACCUUUUCUAAACGCAGCGUGGCGCACAACCGCCUGCUCAUGUACUUCUUCGUCGCCAUCCUCCUGUGCUGGACGCCCAACAACGUCUACUGGCUGCUGGUGGACACGGCUGGCUACUGGAACGGGACGUUCAACAUUAUCCAGGCCGUCGCGUUGUACGCGCACUCCUGGAUCAAUCCCAUCAUCUCCUACAUUGCGCUGGAGAAGAUCCGGGUGUCCAUUAAUAAACUCAUGGGCUGCUGAUUUUAAUGAAGAUUUAUAUAACCGCUGCUGUAACUUGUGGGCCUCGGGAUGUAGUUUCUGGGCUCGGGAAGAGGAUUUUUUGCUUUCACAGAAAUCUGUGAAUUUUCUAUGACGGAUCUGACGUAUGGCUCGAGUACAGUCUGUAUUUUGCAUGAUUAAUUGUCGGGUGAGGUUGAUUAAUUUAUUAAAAGCGGACUCCUUCGGCGUCA